UAGUCGCUGAGAGGCUUGAAUGGGCCUGUGUGCUGUGCUCCUUGUUCUGCGGCUGGAUGCUGUGGACUGUGCUUAGGCAAGCUCCGAAGUUGCGACAUGGAUGAACUGACCUAUGAUGAUGUGCAUGUGAACUUUACUCGAGAAGAAUGGGCUUUGCUAAAUCCUUCACAGAAGAGUCUCUACAAAGAUGUGAUGUUGCAGAUCUAUAGGAACCUCAAUGCUGUAGGCAUGAAAGAAGUUGUAAUGGAGAGAAAACCCCUGGAAAUACUCACUGUGGUAAAGCCUUUGCAUAUCACAGUUAUCCUCCAAGGCAUGAAAGAAUUCGUAAUGGAGAGAACCUCUAUGAAGGCAUUCAGUAUGGUGAAGCCUUUGUACAUCACAGCAGUCUCCAAAUGCAUAAAAUAAUACAUACUGGAGAGAAGCAAUACAAAUACAAUCAAUGUGAU